CAGACCUUAGCAAUUUUCGCCAUCUACGAGUCUUAUCCACUCUGACGGCAGCCCCAAUCAACGUUAACAUCGCCCGCGAUGAACAAGAAUUGGAAUGACAAGGCCGACAAGGACCUGUUCUUCACCAUCCUGUCGGUCAAGAACAUUGGCGUCAUCAGCGGCUCGGAAUGGGUCACGAUAGGUAAUCAUAUGCGGUCGCUGGGCUACGGCUUCACCAACGAGGGAUGCCGCCAGCAUUUCCAGGGCCUCCGUCGAGCCCAGCAGAAGAACGAGAAUAGCGCGCAGAAUGACAAUCCGAGGAAGAUCGAUCCCACGCUGAACCCCAUCACACGCCGGCCCGGUCCGGGCAGGGGACGGCCGAGGAAGCAGGCUGCCGGCGCCACUGCCGCGCCGCCCCCCGGAGCUCAGCCUGUCGGUGCCGAGCCCGGUGCACCCGUUGCAGCUCCGGUUGGCAUUCCCGGAGCUCAACCCGCUUCUGGAAUGCCACCCGCGGGCCCCAUGCAGCCCCAGUUCGCCGCCGAACCUGGUGUUUCCGCUGCUCCUCCCGUCACCGUCUCGCCCGCCCCUGGCGCUCCCGGCAACCCUGCGAUGCAGAGCAUGCCCGCUGCGCCGGGAGUCCCGGUCGCUCAAGGCCAGCCGCAGCCCGGUGCCCCCGUGCCCAGUCCGCGGGUCGCCCCGCAGGCCCAGAUGACGGCGCCCGAUGGCCUCGCCGUGGACCCGAGCCUCGUCAACGAGCCGACGGAGGAGCCCGCGGCCAAGCGACAGCGACUGAACGACAGCCAGGAUCCUUCUCUCGACGAUGAGGCUGUGCUGAAUGCCCUCGCCAGCCACAACAACACGCCGACGCCGGGCGAAUACGCAACUGAGUACUCCUAUGGUGAUGCGUAGAACUUGCUCUUGAGCGAUCGGCAUCAGGCUUGGUGUCUCAUUUGCGUGGCUACUUCGUGGCUACUCCUUGGGUCGCUCUGUGGUCGGUCCUUCUCGGCCGCCACACCGCGAUUGCGGUUCAGUGUAAGAUGACGGGUUGGCGAGUGAUGUCCUACAGGGCAGUACCUAGUUGCCCAACUCCUAUGGUAGCAUGGUUGUCCAUGUCAUGCUGUUGCUACUGCUCCA